CUGGUUGCAGCCUACAGUAGUCCAGUUUCAGAGUGAUGAGUUUGUGGCCAAACAAGUGCCCAAAAUAUCGGUUUCCAUGUGUAUGUGCUGGAUGAUGUGCGUCCUUUAUGAAAACGUGGUGUCCUUUAAAAACUGGCCUUCGCGGACCUCAGCUCUCCCCAGUUCUUCAAAUGGAUUCUUUACGAACAACAGAUAAAAAAGCAGACGUAGCUCGCUGUCUGAACAGCGCCCUUCAGGUGGGCUGUGGCGCCUUCGCCUGUCUGGAGAACUCCACGUGUGACACAGAUGGCAUGCAUGACAUCUGCAAGUCCUUCCUCUACAGCGCGGCCAAAUUUGACACUCAGGGCAAGGCCUUUGUGAAAGAGAGCCUAAAGUGUAUCGCAAAUGGAAUUACGUCGAAGGUCUUCCUGACAGUGCGGCGGUGCUCAACGUUUCAGCGCAUGAUCUCGGAGGUGCAGGAGGAGUGCUACAGUAAGCUGGAUAUCUGCACUGUGGCGCGCUCCAACCCUGACGCCAUCGCUGAGGUGGCCCAGCUCCCCAGCCACUUCCCCAACAGGUUCUAUGGAAAACUUCUGCAAAGCCUGAUGGAGUGCGAUGAGGAGACGGUGGACCUGUUGCGGGCCAGCCUGGUGACCCGCUUGGGCCCGGAGAUCGCCAUGCUCUUCCAGCUGCUCCAGAGCAAACCGUGCCCGUCCGUCUCGUCAGACCCAGCUGUGCCUACGGGCAUGGAGGCUCGGGGCGGCUGGAGGUGGGCAGUGGGCCCCCCCAUUUACAAGAGCCAGCCCAGCCUGCGCAACAGGGACUCUGCUAGCCUGUUUGGGAAGAAACACAGCAACGAGUGCAGAAGUGACUUUCCCAAGGCUUCGCUGAGGCUCUCCCCACUACAGCAUGGAAACAGGCAGUGGUGAUACCGACACUCUGCUAGAGAUGGCUCUGCUCGAUGCUGUUUUAAGCCCCCACCGUCGACUUCAAG